AUGUCACACGAAAGGUCUUUGCAGGAGUUUCCCUGCCUGAAUGAGAAUUUGGAGGGAUCGAUGCUGUCCCUCUCACAGAAGAGCAAAUGGAAAAAGAGACAGUACUUUGGCGAAUGUCUGGACACGGAGACCACCCCUCACGAGCUCAUUCAGCAGUGGUCACCACCUCACAAGCAGCGGGUGGUCUGCAAGGGCAAAGAGAACGAGGAUAACCAGUUGGUGCUUGCCAGGCGACCAAGGACAAGGAUGGAGUUUUCAGGCUUGUCCUGGGACAGUCUCCCAGAUGAGUUGCUGUUGGGAAUCCUGUCCUGCCUCCCUCUGCAGGACCUUCUCAGGAUGUCCCGGGUCUGCAAGCGCUGGCAUCGCUUGGCGUUUGAUGAGUCUCUGUGGCAUAGUGUGGAUCUGGUAGGGAAAGCCCAGCUAGAUCAAGCUCUUGGGCAGAUGCUUACGGUUGGAGUACUGGGACUGCGCUGCCCCCAUACCUGCAUUGGAGAACCAUGUUUCACCCACACACAACACCUGCAUGUCCAUCACAUGGAUCUCUCCAGCUGCACUGUCACAACCCCGGUUCUAGAUGACAUCAUCUCCCGUUGCAGGCUGCUAGAGAAUCUAAGCUUGGAGGGACUGGAGCUCUCUGACAACAUUGUUCAGUCCCUAUCUCAGAAUACUGAGCUGGUACGGCUCAAUCUGUGUGGCUGCUCUGGAUUCUCCCCCGACUCGCUUAGUCAGAUUCUCAAAUCCUGCUUACGGCUUGAAGAGCUGAACUUGUCGUGGUGUGACUUCAGCACUGAUCAUGUGAAGGCUGUUGUCAGUAACAUCCCCUCCAAUAUAACCCAGCUCAACCUCAGUGGCUACAGACAGAACCUUACUAUGGAAGAUGUGAAAGACUUGUUGGAGAGAUGUCCUAACCUCGUAAAUCUGGAUUUAAGUGACAGUGUUCUGAUGACGAGCUCCAGUUUCCCCAUCCUCCAGCAGCUGCAGUCUCUUAGACACUUAGCUUUGAGCCGCUGCUACCAGAUUCACCCUGCUGCCUUAGCUGAUUUUGAGAAGUUCCCAGAGCUGCAGACGUUGGAGGUAUACGGGCUGGUCCAGGACACCUACCUGCCAAUCCUGAGUAAAGGUUUGCCCCGUCUCCAAAUCAACACCCGGCCCUUCUCAAGCGUGGCCCGUCCCACCGAGGCCACCCGGAGGGACCACACCAUGUGGGGCAUGACUUGUCGCUUGGUGUUCAGACCCUAGCCAUAACGCCUUCCUAACGCUGUCACUAACAUGUCAUAACUCAUUUCUGUCUGAUGUGGUCAUGAUAUAGGAGGAAUAUUUGCUAUUUUUAGUGUGUCCGUGUCAGACAUUGUGUCUAUGAAUAUUCCAUAGAGCCUUUUGCAAUUUGUUGUACACUGACACCAAUUGUUCUGUUGAAGAUGCCUGUUGUGCUGUGCUUUUGUCAGCACUUAUUUUUGUUUUAUAAUGGUGGGCAUUGGGUCUAAGUUAUUAUUGUAAUAGGACAUGUCCUUCGGAUACACAGUAGUGAACGUUUUUAAAUGCUGGUAAAUUGCAUUUCUUCACAGUAACGCUACUUGAAUACCAUGCAACUGAAUUCAUAAGAUUUUAAAGCGUUCCUGUUUUAGAAAUAUUUGAACCCUGAUAAUGUUGAAGACAGAGCUUGUAGCUUUCAGGGAAAUAACUUUUAAUUUUUUACUUGAGAUAAUCAUAAAUUCUGAUUUAUAGGCUGCUGAUAAUGUAUCCAUAAUCUGGCCAAUUUAUUGACUUCCGAACAUUCCAAAGACAGUAAACUGUGCAAAACUUAAAAACUUUAUAGAUUGAUAAUGUUUGUUCAUUCUGUAAUGUUUUACCAACUGGAUAAUGGAACAUCAGUUCCAGUUACUGUCUAUCAGCUGUAAGCAGUGUUUGCCAGAAAGACAAGGAAGAUUUUGGUCCGAGUUGGAUUAUUGCAUAGGUGCACCACCAUUGUAGCUGGUGAAAUCUCUUCCUCAUGAUGCAAUGGUUAGAAUUCUCUUUUUAAAGUGUUUAUAAAAUACAAAUCUGCAUUUGAAGGCCAAUGUUAAAUAAUGAUGCCAUUUACUUGAUCUGUUUAUUUUAAAGGGAAAAAUCAAUCAAGUUACAGUUUACUUCAACCUCUACUUCCAAAUCAAUGUUAUUGGUCACAUAUAUUUAGCUGCUGUUAUGGUGGGUGUAGUGAAAAUGCUUAUGUUCCUAGCACCAACAGUGCAGUAGUAUCUAACAAUA